AUUCUACACUUUUACUUUUGUUGUACUGAGGCAAAUGUUUAUUACAUGUUUUAUCGUGUUCAGUGUUGCCAAUGAGCACGGUUGUUUUUGCAGAAUGUGUAGAAAAGCAUGAAACUGGAGUUUAUUCAAGUCUCACUAACACGGUACAAAGACUGACUUUGAGUAACCACUGUGUCAUUAACAGUCUCAUAAAUAAUCCAAAUUGUGUAUUCUUAAUAACUGUUUACAAAUUGCGGGGCUUUAAUUUCAGUCCAAAUGCUCUACUUAAGCUUUUCAUUUAUAAAAAGGUUUACACAAGGGAAAGCUGUUUUUAUAUUUCUGUCUGUCUAUUUCUUUAUCAAAUCAGUUUCUUUAUUAAAUCUGAUUAUAAAAGUUAUAAAAAGUCAAGUUUCUUUGCAGUAAGAAUAUUCUGUUAUGGGUCAAAAUGUUAUGUUUUAAUAGGGUGUAGCCUUUAAUACGGCACAUCAGUAUAAACAUUCUACCUACUGGUCUUCCCUUAAAACAAACAUUGCUAUUCAAAUAAAUUCCAGUGAAAAUAGACGGGUUCACACCUUUAUAUAAAGCGUUUGUCAGAGUUCUCAUGCACAUCAUCUUCCUGUCGAGUGGCUUACUGCAUAUCUAAGAAUGGAGACUUUCCAUGUGUUUAUUUGUGUUCUGGCACUGAUUCCACUCUGCCACGCUCUGUGCACCACUGUGGACUUGGUCAAAGAUGAGAAAAUCAAUGGGUGUGUGGAUAAAGAUGGAAUCCUGCACGACUUUGGCUCUGACUGGACGAAGGACUGUACUGACUGCACAUGCACAGAAAAUGAGUUGACCUGCUGCAACUUGUUUCCAGAUGAUCACCUUCCUCCAGAGUGUGAGCUGAUAGUAAAUAAAACAGACUGCACUUUCAGGGUCGUGCAGAAGUCGGAUAAUACAAAAUAUUGUGACCUUAACUGAGCACAUGACAGUGUGACCUUUGCUCUGGCCGUACAGUAGGUGACGAAGACAAAAUCUAAUCAAACUUGGUCUUUUUUAAAUGCCAGUUUUAAUAAAGUCAUGACCUGCUCCA